UGUGCAUACUGCAAGCACCUUGGAGCCACUAUCAAAUGCUGUGAAGAGAAAUGUACCCACAUAUAUCAUUACCCAUGUGCUGCUGGAGCAGGCACAUUUCAGGAUUUUAAUAACUUUUCCCUUCUUUGCCCAGAUCACAUUGACCAGGCUCCGCAAAGAUCCAAGGAAGAAGCUAACUGUGCAGUGUGCGACAGCCCCGGUGACCUAUUAGAUCAACUUUUUUGUACAACCUGUGGCCAGCAUUACCAUGGGAUGUGCCUGGAUAUACAAGUGACACCUAUCAAACGGGCAGGUUGGCAGUGCCCUGAUUGCAAAGUGUGCCAGAACUGCAAGCAUUCUGGAGAAGACAACAAAAUGCUCGUAUGUGAUACAUGUGACAAAGGGUAUCAUACUUUUUGUUUACAACCAGUUAUGGAUUCUGUACCAACAAAUGGGUGGAAAUGCAAAAACUGCAGGGUAUGUGCAGAAUGUGGCACACGGACCAGUAGCCAGUGGCAUCACAACUGUCUUAUGUGUGACAGUUGUUAUCGUCAACAAGAUAGCCUACCUUGCCCUUUCUGUGAAAAAUCCUCCUAUCCAAACUUGCAAAAAGAGAGGUUGCACUGUCAUAUGUGCAAAAGGUGGAUACACAUAGGGUGUGACAAACCUCCUGACAAUGAACUGGAUAUUCAUUUAAAAGAAUAUGUCUGCAGUCUUUGCAAACAUUCAGAUGUAGAACAAGAACAUACACAAAUGUGUGACAUGAUGGAGACUGACCAACUUCUUCCUGGAGUUGGCACAGAAAUAGAAGAUGGUCCAGAAGAUGCAGCAAACAAGAAGCAGUUAGUAUCUGAGGGUAGCCUUGAUCAAGAAUCAGUGGUUGAGUCUUCUACAGAUAGUAAGAGCACCCUUUCUUUGGCAGCACAAGAGCCUAUAGGCCUUUCAUUAGAUGAAAAGAAUUGUGAACUGGAAACACAGGUUUCCAAUCAUUUUGGUGAAGAAGAAGGGGAAACAUCUGUUAAAAAUACUCCUGCAUCUGAUAGCAACCACACUGAUAAAAAGAGGGAAACUUCAGAAAAUAUUCCAGAAAUAACACAGCAAGUAUCAGACAAACAACCUGAAGAAACAAAACCAUCACAGGCGAGCACUGAGUUGGCGGAAAUGCCCCCAGAGGAAUGUCACCUUCCUAUGAAACCAGAGGAUAUACCCAAGGUGCCUGAAACUUUUGUUUUAGUCAAUAAAGAACCAGUCUCCAAUCCUAAGGAAACAGUAUCUGAAACAGUGGUCAUUCUAGAAGGUACAAGUGGAAGAGACACUCCUGGAAAUGGUGAAAUGUCAUCUCUUCCUGCGAGUGAAAGUUGUGCAGCUGACAGUUCACCGUUGGCAGAUCCAGCUUUAAAAUCAUCACCUGAGAUAUUUUCUUCAUUUCCACCAUCUGUUGAAAUAAAUAAAUCUUCUAGUGUGUCUUCCUUGCCAGCAACCUCACCAGAGUUAGGCUCAUCACAUGAGAUGUUGCGAUGCCAGAUGUCAUCACUAGAAUCUUCUGCAGCUCUUCCAACCACAUAUGUAUCACUCACUCCAAAAAUUGGAAUGGGAAAACCUGCUAUCACUAAAAGAAAAUUUUCUCCUGGGAGACCAAGGUCAAGACAGGGUGCUUGGAAUAGCCAUAAUACAGCAAGCCCACCUUCUUGGUCCCCGGACAUUUCAGAAGGUCGAGAAACUUUCAAAUCUAGACAACUACCUGGCAGUGCCAUUUGGAGCAUCAAAGUGGGUCGUGGGUCAGGAUUUCCUGGGAAGCGGAGACCACGAGGUGCAGGUCUUUCUGGAAGAGGUGGACGAGGGAGAUCAAAAUUGAAGAAUGGAAUUGGAUCAAUUCUUGCUCCAGGGGUCACAGAUAUGGAUAUCUCAUCCAGCAAAGAUGAAGAAGAAAACUCCAUGCAUAAUACUGUUGUCCUGUUCUCUAGCAGUGACAAGUUUACUUUACAUCAGGACAUGUGUGUAGUUUGUGGGAGUUUUGGCCAAGGUGCAGAAGGCCGACUACUUGCCUGCUCUCAAUGUGGUCAGUGUUACCAUCCGUACUGUGUAGGUAUUAAGAUUACAAAAGUGGUGCUCCACAAAGGUUGGAGAUGUCUGGAGUGCACUGUGUGUGAAGCCUGUGGGAAGGCUACAGAUCCAGGAAGGUUACUUCUGUGUGAUGACUGUGAUAUCAGCUAUCAUACUUAUUGCCUAGAUCCACCACUACAGACAGUUCCCAAAGGAGGUUGGAAGUGCAAAUGGUGUGUUUGGUGCAGACACUGUGGAGCUACUUCUCCUGGUCUAAGAUGCGAAUGGCAAAAUAAUUACACACAGUGCGCUCCUUGUGCAAGUUUAUCUACCUGCCCAGUCUGCUGUUGCAAUUAUAGAGAAGAAGAGCUUAUUCUGCAGUGCAGGCAGUGUGACAGAUGGAUGCACACCGUCUGUCAAAAUUUAAACACGGAGGAAGAAGUGGAAAGCACAGCAGAUAAUGGUUUUGACUGCACCAUGUGUAGACCGUAUAUACCAUCAGCAAAUGUGCCUUCCUCUGAAUUCUGUGAAUCAUCCAUUGCAGCACAAAUUAUAUCAAAAGCAAAGGAACUUGACCCACCGAAGACAUACACUCAAGAUGGCGUCUGUUUGACCGAAACGGGAAUGUCUCAGUUACAGAGCAUCAGCGCUAUUGUACCAAGAAGAAAAAGGGCCAAGCCAAAGCUGAAGUUGAAGAUUAUAAAUCAGAAUAGUGUCGCUGUCCUUCAAACACCACCUGAUAUCCAAUCAGAACACUCAAGAGAUGGUGAGAUGGAUGACAGUAGAGAAGGAGACCUCAUGGAUUGUGAAGGAAAAUCAGAUACAAGUCCUGAACGAGAACCUAUAGAUGAUGAUCCUAAGGGAAUGGAAGGAACUGAUGGGAUCAAAAAGAGAAAGAGAAAGCCAUACAGACCUGGCAUCGGUGGAUUCAUGGUACGCCAGCGGAGUCGUACAGGACAAGGAAAAAUGAAAAGAUCUCUCUCCAGAAAAGAUUCUUCUGGUUCGGUGUCUGAGCAAAUACCUAGCAGAGACGAAAGUUGGAGUGAACAACUGCCUGAUACACCUGUUGAUGAAACUCUUUCUGUUUCUGAAAAUAUAGAAAAAAUUAAAAAACGUUACAGGAAAAAGAAAAAUAAGCUUGAAGAAAUUUUCCCAGCAUAUUUGCAGGAAGCUUUCUUUGGAAAAGAACUUUUAGAUACCAGUAGGCAAAGUAAGCCAAGUUUGGAUCAUUUAUGUGAUGAAAGCCUUAGUAUUUCAUGCAAAGCAAGUCUGAACACCAAUUUCUUAGACCCAUCAUCAGAUCCCCUUCUGAGUUCAACUUCCACUCCAACUCCCUCAAAAUCUGGUGCACAAGGCAACCUGGAUGAUCCAUUAGCUGCCCUUGUGCUGAACACUGAGGAUGACAUCCUUGGCAUUCUUUCGGAUGAUUUAGUGAAAUCUGGGGAUCAAACAGGUCUUGAUUUAUGCACUUUCCAGGUUGAGAACUCCUCUUCCCCUUUUGCUGGACUAGAUAUUGGGCCCAUCUCUGACGAUCCCUCCUCACUGCCUCUGCAGAAUGUCAGCCAGAAUUCUCGACCAUUGAGUGAAGAACAGUUAGAUGGGAUCUUGAGCCCUGAAUUGGACAAGAUGGUCACAGAUGGUGCAAUUCUUGGUAAAUUGUAUAAGAUUCCAGAGCUGGGAGGAAAGGAUGUUGAAGACUUGUUUACUGCUGUACUGAGUCCUGCGGCCACUCAGUCGGCUCCUUUGCCACAGCCCCCCCCACCUCCUCCACCACAGUUAAUGCACUUGCACAAUCAAGGGGAGAAUGCGUUUUCAAGAGUUCCACUUAUGAAUGGCCUGAUUGGACCAACUCCCCAUCUCCCUCAUACACCCUUGGUCCCUGGAAGUGGGUUAGGUGCUUUCUCUACUAUAACUCAGCCACCCUAUGCCGACACCAGAGAUAAAAACACAGUAUUUAAUGCAGUGAUUAAUGAUCCUACCAGUCCUUGGGUUCCAUCUGCAACCCCCUUGGAAGGAGAAAGUGAUACCAUGUCUAAUGCACAAAGGAGCACUCUGAAAUGGGAAAAAGAGGAAGCACUUGGCGAAAUGGCGACAGUCGCACCUGUUUUAUACACAAAUAUCAACUUUCCAAACCUAAAAGAAGAGUUUCCAGAUUGGACUACCAGAGUCAAGCAGAUUGCCAAGCUAUGGAGAAAAGCAAGCUCGCAGGAAAGAGCUCCAUACGUGCAAAAAGCCAGAGAUAAUAGGGCUGCCUUGCGGAUUAACAAAGUACAGAUGUCUAAUGAUUCAAUGAAGAGACAGCAGCAGCAGGAUAACAUUGAUCCUGGCUCUCGUAUUGAGACUGAACUCUUCAAGGAUCCAUUAAAACAGAGGGAAUCUGAGCAUGAGCAAGAGUGGAAAUUUAGGCAGCAAAUGCGUCAAAAAAGUAAACAGCAAGCAAAAAUUGAAGCGACUCAGAAACUUGAGCAAGUGAAAAAUGAGCAGCAGCAGCAGCAGCAGCUGCAGCAACAACUAGGAUCACAACAACUUUUAAACCAGUCAGGCUCAGAUACCUCUAGCAAUGGGAUGCAAAGUCCUUUAACCCCUCAGACUAGCAAUGGAAAUAUGUCUCCUGCACAGCAAGCGUUAUAUACAAAACAGUUGCCUGGUACUUCUACAUCUACUCCUUCUGAUGUUUUUCUAAAACCACAAGCACCACCUCCUCCUGUGACACCAAAUAGAAUGCCUGCUCAAGAUGCUCAUUGUCAGACUCCAUCACAACAAACCUUCUCUCCUUCCCCCUCUACUCAGCCACCUUCUCCAGUUGACCCAUAUGCAAAAAUGGUUGGAACUCCCAGGCCACCGCCUGUUAACCAAAAUCAAAAAUUUGUCAGGAGAAAUUCUGCUACGUCAGCAGAUAUCUGUCCACCGCCAUCAAUACCCAGGCCAACUCAAGUAUCUGAAUCAAUAGGAAGGAGACCGUCACCGGCCAGAGAUUCAUGUUCUUCAUCCCCAGGCACCAGUGACCCUUAUGCAAAACCUCCAGAUACACCAAGACCUGUAAUUGGAACAGAACAGUUCUCUAAAUCUUUGGGGGUAUCAAGAUCACCUUUAAUUUCAGAACAACCGGCAAGCAGUGACCAAUUUGCUAAGCCACCUCCAAGGACAGGAAACGAUACAUUUCAGAGGCCCCGGAUCGCUUCUACUGAUUCAUAUGUACGGCCUCCGUUGACUUCCCCAUCUGUUAUUGAAGGACAUUCCAGCCCAUUUAAAACACCAGCGUGCCCAACUCAGUCUCCGCAAGAUCCUUAUACAAAAAUGCCACCUACUUCAAGGAGAGUAGCUGUGGAUCCUUAUGAAAGGCCUGUUUUGACACCAAGGCCCGUAGAUAGUUUUGUGCACAGUCCAUCUAAUGAUUCUUACAACCAGUCUCAGUUGGCUUCACACUCAGCAAUAAAGGAUACUUUUGCCCAUCCACAAAGAGGGUUGCGAAAUCAGGGUGAUUAUUCUGGAACUCUUUCAAGGGCAGUUGCUCAGGAUCCAUAUGCCCAGCCCCCGGGCACCCCUCGACCUGUCACAGACCCUUAUGCCCAGCCCCCUGGUACCCCUCGACCUGCUCCAGUUGACCCAUAUCUGCAUCAGCCACUCACACCAAGACCUCCACAGACAGCAGACUUAUUUGCUCAGGUUUCAGCUAAUCAGAGGCAUUCUGAUCUGUAUGUCCAGCCUCCAGGUACACCAAGGCCAGUUACUAAUGAUCCAUAUUCUCAAUCACCAGCAACUCCAAGGUCUGGAAUUUCAGAAACUUACAGUAGGCCAAUUCCCAUGCCCAAUAGGGAUCCUUAUCUGCAGGCAUCACAGAGCAGGACUUUAUCUGGGACUUUUAUAAAGCCAUCAGAUCCAUGUUCUCAGCCUCCAAAGCUAUCAGGGCCUACAGUGACAGAUUCUUUUAGCCAUGCUCCGACAGCAUCACCUUGUGAUCCUUAUGAUCAGCCUCCAAUGACUCCAAGAUCUCAACCAGAAACAUUUGGAACAGCUCAGCACCCUCAAGAUGACCAAUCUAGAAGUGGAUCAGAGGGAAACUUCAGCUCCUCGGUAAACUCUUCCAUGAAUUUGCAAGGAAAACUAUUUUCACAGACCACACAAGGUUCUGGCCCAGGCCCAACUGCAGGACUAACACAGAACACAAUGUCUCAGACAGAUGCAGAGAAAUUAAGACAGCGCCAGAAGUUACGUGAAAUUAUACUUCAGCAGCAGCAACAAAAGAAGAAUGCAAUCCGUCAAGAAAAAGCGCCACCAGAGCCUCCUGCAGCAACUCCAACAGCACCUGUUCAACCGUGGCAGCAAGAAAAUCUGAACCAGAUUUUCAACCGGCCGCCACCUCCUUAUCCUGGCAACAUUAGAUCAUCUACUGUUCCUCCAAGUGGACUAAGGCUGGCAGGUUUUCCUGUUGAUGGGCAGCUUAAUAAACCUCAGUUUCCAGGAGAUACAAGUGGCAUGGGGAUGAGGCCUCAUGGAAUUAGAUUUGGCUUUUCCAGUGGUGUCCAUGGACCUCCACCUUGUCAAGAUCAUUUUCUUGGUCCACCACAACAAAUGCAACGUGCUGGUGUCCCACCACAGCUUAGAAGAUCCAUGUCUAUAGAUAUGCCUAGACUACCUAACAAGCCACCAAUGAGUAAUCCCAUUGGCCUGUCACAGCAUUUCCCACCACAAGCUAUCCAGGUUCAACAGCACAACAUAAUGGGGCAGGCGUUUAUCGAGCUUUGCCACAGAGCACCUGAAGUCAGACCAAGACUGCCUUUUAAUUCCUCGUCAACUACUAUUAUGAGCACUGUUGCUGAGCAUCAGCAACAAACUGAGCCUUUACCUAGACAGGAUUGUCAGGGCCCAAGACACCUAGAACCCACAAGACGUAAUUCUCAAAAUUCAAACAACCCAUUGCAGAUUUCAACAGGUUUGGAGCAUUUACCACCACCCCAGCAAGAUAAAGUGAAUCCAAAUCAUCCACCUGUACUUGUCAUGUGUUCUUUGAAUCACCCAUCAAUAAAUAAUGCUUUUUCAGGAGGCCCUUUGCCAAUAACAAGACCAGCAAAUGAAACAAGUGACUUGCAGAUGCCCAGGCAGCCCACUGAUAGUUUAGAAGAGAAACUUGAUCCUGAUGACCCCUCUGUGAAAGAUUUAGAUGUUAAAGACCUUGAUGGUGUUGAGGUUAAGGAUUUGGUUGAUGAUGAUCUUGAAAAUCUAAAUCUAGAUGCAGAAGAAGAUAAAGGUGAUGAACUGGACACAUUAGAUAAUCUUGAAACUAAUGAUCGUCACCUUGAUGAUCUUCUGAGAUCAGGAGAAUUUGACAUAAUUGCUUAUACUGAUCCAGACCAUGAUUUGGGUGACAAAAAGGGUAUGUUUAAUGAAGAGCUGGAUCUUAAUGUCCCCAUAGAAGAUAUACAGGGCAAGGCAGAAGACACUCAGCAGAAACCUCCAGAUGAUAAAGCUUCUGCUCCUGAAGAGUCUGUUUCUCCUCAGAAAAAAACUACUGAGAUCAGUGAAAUUAAAACAGAAGUGCUUUCUCCAAACACAUUUGAAGAAGCUAAAUGUAAUCAUGAAAAAAAUGACAAAAGUGUGGCAGCUUCAAGUGCUCAGCAUGAUGGAGAAACAAAAUCUGUUUUGCCUUGUAAUGUGGAAGUAACUGAUAAAGCAAAUAUAAAUGAGGAAACCGCAGUCUCCAGUUCAGAUGCUGUUCAAUUGCCUGGUCAAAGCACAACAAGUUCUUGCAGUAUCCCUGGAUCUACUCCAGUUCUUACAAGCUUACUCGCUCAUGGCAAUUCAGAAAACCCUGACAUAAGGUCACUAGACUCUCCCUCUCACCCAUUCCGGACAGCACAAACAAAUCCUGUUUCAAGUAUUCCACAAACUUUAAUUACAUCUGCAAGUCAAAACAUGGAAACUGUGUUACCCGAAGUCAACAUGGUUCCACAAAUAAGCCAUAGUUUUUCACAAGGGACAGCAGUAAAUUCAGGCUUUAUCUCUGGCCAGCCACCUAAUCACAGUUUGGGAGUAGGACAGCCUGGCAGUCAAACAGUGCCAGUUGUAAACAGGCCUCCUCCCAGUGGUAUUCCUGGUCCUCAGCAGAUGAUGCUUCCUCAAACGUUGGCCCAACAGCAAAAUCGAGAGAGACCUCUGCUUUUGGAAGAGCAGCCUCUUUUGCUGCAAGAUCUUUUGGAUCAAGAAAGGCAAGAGCAGCAGCAGCAGCGACAGAUGCAAGCCAUGAUUCGUCAGCGGUCUGAGCCAUUUUUCCCUAACAUUGAUUUUGAUGCAAUUACCGAUCCUAUAAUGAAGGCAAAAAUGGUAGCUCUGAAAGGGAUCAAUAAAGUUAUGGCACAGAACAAUAUGGGAAUGCCACCAUUGGUCAUGAACAGAUUUGCCUUUAUGGGUCAGGCAGGGCCUGGAGCCCAAAGCAACGAAGGUCAGAAUCUAAUACCACAAGCAGUUACACAGGAUGGUAGCCUAACACCUCAGAUGUCUAGACCAAAUCCUCCAAAUUUUGGUCCUGGAUUUGUAAAUGAUUCAUAUAGAAAGCAAUAUGAAGAAUGGCUACAGGAAACGCAGCAGCUUCUCCAAAUGCAGCAGAAAUUUCUUGAAGAGCAAAUUGGAGCACACCGAAAAUCAAAGAAAGCCCUCUCUGCAAAACAGCGCACAGCAAAGAAAGCUGGACGUGAAUUUCCAGAAGAGGAUGCAGAGCAGCUGAAGCACGUCACUGAGCAGCAGAGCAUGGUGCAAAAACAGCUGGAGCAGAUACGAAAGCAGCAAAAGGAGCACGCAGAGCUUAUUGAAGAAUAUCGGAUCAAACAGCAACAGUGUGGAUUGGGACCCCAUUCAGGGAUGCCUGGCAUUCCUUCUCAACCCCCCAUGGUCCCUGGAGGGUCACCACCUGCCAUGGGCCAGCAGAAUUUCCCAAUGGUAUCACAGCAGCUUCAGCAUCAACAACAUACUGUUGGCCAACCCAAUCAACCGAGAAUCCCAGGUUUGCCUGCGUGGCAACCUCCAAAUGCUCCAGUACUUCUCUCCCUCAAUGCACCAAGAAUGCCAGCUCCAAUAACCCAGCUGCCAGUUAAUCCUGGGACAGCUCCUUCUGUAUUAGCACCCAGUUCCAGUGUGCAGUCGGGUCCCCCACCUCGUGUGGAAUUUGAGGACAAUAACCCAUUUAGUGAAAGCUUCCAGGAACGAGAGCGAAAAGAGCGCUUGCGGGAGCAGCAGGAAAGGCAACGUAUUCAGCUUAUGCAGGAGGUGGAUCGACAGAGAGCUCUGCAGCAGAGGAUAGAAAUGGAGCAGCAUGGUACGGUGGGCUCUGAAUUAAAUGCUAGAACAUCUUUUACUCAAAUUCCUUACCUUGGUUCGGAUCGACCUUGUGAUUUUAUGAGGCCACCACAGCCCCUUCAGCAGUCUUUGCAGCAGCAACCGCAGCAGCAGCAGAUAGGACCAAUUUUGCAACCAGGACCCUUAAACUCUCCUCCUACAGCCACUUUUCAACAGUGCGGUGAGCGGCAGCAGGUGGGAUCUUCUCCUUUUGCGCCUGAUUCAGUCUCAGUUCAGGAUGGAAGCUCUACUUACCAUUCUGUUAAGCAGCCCCAUGGAAGUAUUUCUGGAGUCAGCUUUACACAGUACCAGCCUAGGCCUCAAUUUGCCACUGGUGUGCCUGCAGUUUCUCCAGGAACUAGCAGUGGUCUGCCCUGCAGUCAGGACUCCAGCAUGCCACCCAGCACAAACUUGGCUGGGACAAAUCAGUCUCUGAUUCAGCUGUAUUCUGAUAUCAUUCCUGAGGAGAAGGGCAAAAAGAAAAGAACAAGAAAAAAGAAAAAAGAGGAUGACGCUGACUCAGUGAAUACGCCAUCAACGCCUCAUUCAGAUAUAACUGCUCCUCCAACUCCGGUUGUUUCAGAUGCUGUCUCCACCCCAACCGUUAGCACUCCUGGUGAACUUGCACGCAAUUCAGGAGAAAUGGAGAGAGAAGAAGUGCCAGGCCCACCAGCACCAAGUGCUGCCGAGAGUCAGUCUUCCUUAGAACUAAAAGGUCAGCUUGCUGAGAGCAGCUUGCCACAAAACAAACUACCUGAGCAGUCAAGUCUAAACCCAGAAACAGACACAGUCAAGACCGAUAUUUCUGCAAACAUUCAGGAAAUUAGACUAGAAAAGGCAGAAGUUGAUCAGUGCUCUAGUCAAGCUGAAUCUAAAGCAAAGACUGAAAGGGACAUUAAAGUGGAAGACGAUAAAGCUGUCAUUCAGCAUUCCCCUUCCACGCAGAAUCUGGCACCGCCUACCAACAUCCCAGCUGCAAAAGGGGAAUCAGGGAAUGAACUCCUCAAACACUUGCUUAAGAACAAAAAAGCCGCCAGUCAUAUCAGUCAGAAAUCAGAAAGCAGCUUCCACUUACCAGAGAAUGCCGAGGAGAACAAAUUAAUGGAAAAACAGGAGUUGGCUGAAAGCAGCAUGCCAUUAGGGAAUCCAUUGCAGAGUUCAUUUGGAUGUGGUAACAGCCAAGUUCAGAGAGCAGAUUUAGGACAUGAAAUGAAGAAACAAAGGAACAAACGAACUCAAAGGACAGGUGAAAAGGCAACAUCUCGACCUAAGAGGAAAAAAAAAGAGGAAGAGGAAAAACAGACUAUUUUUCCUAACACAGAAACUUUCAUGCAGUUGAAACAGCAACUCUCCUUGCUGCCUUUAAUGGAGCCAAUGAUUGGAGUGAGUUUCGCCCACUUUCUCCCGUAUGGUAGCAGCCAUCAGAAUAGUGGAAGUCGGCUUGUGGGAGCUUUCGGUAGUGCCACGCUUGAUGGGGUAUCUGAUUACUAUUCUCAGCUAAUCUACAAGCAAAAUAAUCUCAGUAACCCACCUACACCUCCAGCCUCCCUUCCUCCUACGCCUCCACCUGUGACUUGCCAAAAAAUUGUAAAUGGAUUUGCAACUACUGAAGAACUUGCUACCAAAGCUGGAAUAUUGGGGGGACCUGAUGCUCUAGGUUCAAAGCAGUUUCAGCUGCCUUUCAGGCCACAGGAUGAUCUGUUAGCCAGAGCCAUAAUUCAGGGUCCUAAGAGUGUGGAUGUGCCUGCUUCUCUUCCAACCCCACCUCAUAACAAUCACGAAGAGCUCAGGAUUCAGGAUCCUUGUGAUGAUAGAGAUACUCCGGAUAGCUUUGUUCCUUCUUCUUCCCCUGAGAGCGUCAUGGGCAUGGAAAUAAGUAGGUACCCAGAUCUGUCAGCAGUAAAAGAAGAGAUGCCAGAGUCCGUUCCGUCUCCUGUCAUUCCAAUUCUGCCAGCCAGUACUGGAAAGGGUUCAGAAGCAAAGCAAAAUUUCAUCAAAACGGAGCCUUGUUCAGGUUUCUUUGGUUCUCAGCUGGGACUUGCCCCAAAUGGCGCAGAAUCCGGCCUUGUGUCCAUUGCCAUUACUUUGCAUCCCACAGCUGCAGAGAACAUUGGUAGUGUGGUGGCUGCAUUUUCCAAUCUUCUGCAUGUCAGAAUUCCAAACAGUUAUGAAAUUAGCAAUGCAUCUGAUGUUCCAUCAUCCAUUGGAAUAAUGAAUCCGCACAGAGCAAAUCCAGCUUUUGAGUACAGGCAACACGUACUCCUUCAUGGUUCUCAGUCAGGAACUGUCGGCCCUCCUGGAUUAACAGGACCUUAUGGACUCAAGCAACAUAAUACACCAUUUUUGUCAAGCGGAAAUGUUUUGGCAGGAUAUAAAGCACAAAGUCCAAAUGUUGCCGAUGAUUCAGCAUUAAGGUCACAGUGGUGUUCUCAUUGUAAAGUGGUAGUACUGGGCAGUGGAGUGCGAAAACCUUUCAAAGAACUGCAUUUCCUGAAACAGGAUUCCCGAGAGAAGUCUGAGAGAAUGGAGAAAGACAUUGUCUUCUGUAGUAACAAUUGCUUAGUUCUUUAUUCAGCAUCCGUGCAAGCAAAAAAUUCAGAAAGCAAGGAAUCGGUCCCUCCCAUAACCCAAUUUUCAAUGAAAGAGGCACCCCCCAAAGCCUUCCACCAGUAUAACACCAACAUCUCUACAUUCGACGUUCACUGCCUCCCUCAGUUGCAGGAAAAAAAUUCUCCCCCUUCAUCACCCCUUAUUACUUUUCCUCCUGCUUUUGAAGCAGCCAAAGUGGAGCCCAAACCAGAAGAACUUAAGGUAACCGUGAAAUUGAAACCCCGCUUAAGAACCAUACCCAAUGGCCUUGAUGACUGUCGACCGGUAAAUAAGAAAUGGAAAGGAAUGAAGUGGAAAAAAUGGAAUGUACAGAUUGUGAUUCCUAAAGGAACAUUCAAGCCUCCUUGUGAAGAGGAGAUAGAUGAGUUUCUCAAGAAACUGGGCACAACCCUUAAACCUGAUCCUGUACUGAAAGACUACCGAAAAUGCUGCUUCUGUCAUGAAGAGGGCGAUGGACUAACAGAUGGACCGGCAAGACUUCUUAAUCUGGACUUAGACCUCUGGGUUCAUUUGAACUGUGCUCUUUGGUCCACGGAGGUCUACGAGACACAAGCUGGUGCCUUAAUCAACGUUGAACUGGCUCUGCGGAGGGGCUUGCAAAUGAAAUGCGUGUUCUGUCACAAGAUGGGUGCUACCAGCGGCUGCCACAGGUUAAGGUGCACCAAUAUUUAUCACUUUACCUGUGCCAUUAAAGCACAAUGCAUGUUUUUUAAAGACAAAACUAUGCUUUGCCCAAUGCACAAACCGAAGGGCGCUCAUGAGCAAGAACUCAGUUACUUUGCAGUCUUCAGGCGAGUCUACGUGCAGCGGGACGAAGUCCGACAGAUCGCUAGCAUCGUACAGCGGGGGGACCGUGAGCACACCUUCCGGGUGGGGAGCCUUAUCUUCCACAGUAUUGGCCAGCUGCUGCCGCAUCAGAUGCAUGCCUUCCACUCUUCAAAGGUGCUCUACCCGGUGGGGUUUGAGGCCAGCCGGUUGUAUUGGAGCAUACGGUACGCCAACCGCCGCUGUCGCUACCUGUGUUCCAUUGAAGAGAAGGAUGGCUUCCCCCUUUUUGUGAUCAGGGUUAUUGAGCAAGGGCAUGAAGACCUGGUUCUGACUGACCUGACUCCAAAAGAUGUUUGGGAUAAAAUCCUAGAGCCUGUUGCAUCUAUCAGGAAAACUUCCGAAAUGCUCCAGCUAUUCCCUGCAUAUCUGAAGGGCGAAGAUCUUUUUGGCCUGACUGUCUCUGCAGUGGCUAGAAUAGCUGAAUCACUUCCUGGGGUUGAGGCCUGCGAGCGUUACACCUUCCGUUACGGCCGAAACCCCCUCAUGGAGCUGCCUCUCGCCAUCAACCCCACUGGCUGCGCUCGUUCUGAGCCCAAAAUGAGCAGCCAUGUCAAGAGGUUUGUGUUAAGGCCUCAUACCUUGAAUAGCACCAGCACUUCAAAGUCAUUUCAGAGCACAGUUACGGGAGAACUGAAUGCACCUUACAGUAAACAGUUUGUUCAUUCAAAGUCUUCUCAGUAUCGAAAAAUGAAGACUGAAUGGAAGUCCAAUGUCUAUUUGGCACGGUCGCGUAUUCAGGGCCUGGGUUUAUAUGCUGCUAGAGACAUUGAAAAGCACACUAUGGUAAUUGAAUAUAUUGGAACCAUCAUCCGCAAUGAAGUAGCCAACAGGAAGGAGAAGCUUUAUGAAUCUCAGAAUCGUGGAGUAUACAUGUUCCGCAUAGAUAAUGAUCAUGUCAUUGAUGCCACAUUGACCGGAGGUCCUGCAAGGUAUAUUAACCAUUCCUGUGCACCCAAUUGUGUGGCUGAGGUGGUAACCUUUGAACGGGGACAUAAAAUCAUAAUUAGCUCUAGCCGGAGAAUCCAGAAGGGGGAAGAGCUCUGUUAUGACUAUAAGUUUGAUUUUGAAGAUGACCAGCACAAGAUUCCAUGUCACUGUGGGGCUGUAAACUGCCGAAAAUGGAUGAACUAGAUGCAUUCCUUACUCUCUCUGAGGGCUGCGUGUCCCAAGGAAGAAGUGAUUUUGAUUUUGUUAAUUUGCAGGGUAGGGGUGUGUAUGUGUAUGGAAACAAUCACUUCUCUAAAGUUUGUCUUCUACUCCAGUGUAAAGCGAGCACCAGAAGCAAGCUGGCAGAACGUGGAGUUAUGGCCUGGCUUUUCAGGCACACAGAAAUGAAACUGAUCUCCAGACCAGUCCAGCACUUUUGAUUUCAUGAACUCACUAAAGAGAAAUUGAACUCGGGCAGAGAAGCUGUGGCUGACCUGCUGAAGGACAGUGGGGCACCAAUGAAUGUAGACCGAAAUCACCAGCGAAAGGGAGAUGUCCAAAGUGCUGGCCACAGCCUUACUUGUUAAAGGGGCGGGCCCUCUAAAAACAGGAAAAAAAAAAUUAAAAACGUAGACACCACUGAACAAGGAAUGUACUGAAACGACUUCCUUAGGGAUAGAGCUAAGGGAAAAAUAACUUGCACUAAAAUACAUUUAAAAUACUUGAUUCCAUGAGUCAGUUUAUUGUAGUUUUGAUUUCUGUAAAAUAAGAGAAACUUUUUGUAUUUAUUAUUGAAUAAGUGAAUGAAGCUAUUUUUAAAAGGAAAAGUUAGAAGCCAAGCUGCUGCUGUUACCUGCAGAACUAACAAACCCUGUUACUUUGUACAAAAAUGUAAAUAUUUUGAGGAAAAAAAGUACAGUAUAAAAAAUAAUAAUUGACCAAAUGCUACCAGACUUUGCAGCAGUUCGGGUGCUUAUUAAACUUAAUAGGGAUGUUACAAUAUGAUCUCAUGUAUUAAACAUGUCGUUACAACUGUCGUGGGUAACCAAAAUCUCAAUUUAAGAGAGAUUUUCCUUUAUUUUUUUAAUCUUUAAAGCAGACUCAGUUAUGCUGUAUUAACAACUUUUUAAAGUAACCCUUCAAAUUGGUUAGAGAGCAUGUAAAUUACAUCAGUGACUUUUGUAGAUGUUUGAGGAAAUUUAGACUGACUGACCUAUUUUAUUUGUAUUAUAUUGUCACAUCCCUAUUUCUUAAAUCAGGUUUUUUUUUGUGUGUAGAAUUUGUGAUAACUGUGAAUAACUGCUAAAACCACCCAAACUAGAGGCUGAACAUUGAUUUUCUUUUCCAACAGAAAUAGUGGAGAUUAUAUGGCCUGUUCAGCAUAUAAACUAAAAUCAUGUAAUGAAAAUAGAAAUGUGUAGUGAGCGCGUAAGUCUAAUACAAUAGCUGCCUUCUUGAAAAGUAAAAUCAAGGAAAAAAUUAGAGGUAAUUGUGCUUUCAGCUGCAGGACUCUGCCAAUAGGGUUUUGAAAAAAGUAAUUUAAAAUGUGUUUGUAUGAAUUGUUUUUGUUUACAUUUCUUUAAAAAAAUAAACACUGUUUGUGUUUGCUUGUAGAACCCUAAUCAACAUUUUGAACCAGGUUAGUUUUUUAUUUUGUACUUUAAAUUCUGGUACUGACACUUCACAGUCUAAAUAUUAAAAAAAAAUGAAGUUUUUUGUGUGCACAGCUAAAGUGGACUGUAAAACUGGUAGUAUAUUCAGCGAUACAGUUCUGAACUUGUAAUGUAUAUGGCAUGAUGUAUUUUUAUCUUACAGAAUAAAUCAUUGUAUAUAUUUUUCUCUUGAUAAUAGCUGUAUGAAAUUUGUUUCUUGAAUAUUUUUCUUCUCUUGUACAAUAUUCCAACAUCCUACCAGUAUUUGUCUUACAGGUUUUUAUUCUGUUCUGUAUAAUAGUUAUCUAAUGUUGGCAAAAAUGAAUUUUUGAAGUAUACAGAGUGUUAUGGGCUUUGAAAUUUGUGGAAAUAAAUUUAGAAAAUCGGCAUUUACAAAUAAAAUAUUUUACAUCUAUAAAUACUUUAAUAUUUUCCUUUGUGUCAGGAUGCAGCACAUCCUGAAUAUAUUACUUCCAGGGAUACACCAAAGAGGCUGUUUUCGCCAUUAAGAGGAUACCUUAGAUAGCCCAAUGCUGUACCCAAAUCCUGAUUCUAUGAAGACAGGUGCAUAUGUAAUAUAAAAAGUACAGAAACAUAAUUGUGCAGAUAUUUUAUGCAUUAGCGUAAGUUACAUUAAUCAGUGAUCAUGUUAGUAGCUCUAAGUAAGUUUUUCCCAUUCCGGACAUUCUUACCAGCUAUAUAACCUGCUCUAUUCUUUGGAAUAAAAAAAAGCCUAUUUGAGAUCAUUAUAGCCCUCUCUCUCAGAGCUUUUGAUCAUAUGAACAUACCACAGUUGAUUCUGCAAACUCUUACAGGUAGUCCUCGCUUAAUGACUGUUCGUUUAGUGACCAUUCAAAGUUACAACAGCACUAAAGUGACUUGUGACCGGUGCCUGAAGUUAUGACCAUUGCAGUGCCCCCUGCGAUCACGUAAUUGUGAUCCGGUUGCUUGGCAACCAGCUCACACUUAUGACGGUUGCAAUGUCCCGGGGUCACACAAUUGCCAUUUGCGACCUUCCCAGCUCGUUUCUGGCAAUCAGUGGGGAACGUGGUGUUCGCUUAAUCACCAUGUGCCUUAUUUAAUGACCACAAUUCACUUAAUGGCAGCAGUAAUUCGCUUAACGAUCACAGCAAAAAAAGGUCUUAAAAUUGGGUCCAGUCACGUGAUUUGCUUAAUGACCACAUCGCUUAGCGACCUAAAUUCUGGUCCCAAUUCUGGUCAUUAAGUGAGGACUACCUGUAUUAGGUAACCUGAUAAACAGAGGACUAGGGAGAGCUUUCUACCGCAAACAGAAUGGCUGGUUUCACUAAAAUAAAAUCAAAAGUACUGUUACAAAAGUUACAACCAUAAACAGGAUAAGUAAGGUUCCCAAGUAUUUAAUGUACACUAGAGACCAAUGGGACAGUUGCUAAUAUGAGUGUCAAUAACACCUAGUGUUAAUAAUAAAAAAUGCAAUACAAAAUAUAUAAAAAUUGAUACUUGUUUUCUCUCCAUGAAACUGCAAAGAUAAAUCAUAAGCAUUUUUGUAGAUGUAAUACUCCCUAUGCUGCCUGAUUUGUAAAAAGGAAUAUAAGAAUCUUUUAUACCUCUUGCAACACCAACAUCCUUAAAACGUGCCUUAAACCUGCACUGCAUAAAUUAAGGACCAGGUUUCCCAAUGAAAGUUUUUGGUCCAAAACCAAAGUCAAGCUUCUCACCAAUAUUUAUUUACGUGUAUCAGUAACUUUUAAGCACUUAGCAAAGUUUUUUUUUUCUUUAAACCCCUUCACAGAGAAAUGGGGAAGUACCAGGUAUGGCAAAAAUCAAGCAACGUAAUUCGUAUCAAGCAACGUAACGUUUCGUAUUGUGGCAUUCCAAGGUGCCUCGCAAGAACAGAAAGGCCGUCCCUCCC